GGAGAGGGCCCUUCAGGAUGAUUCCUUGACUCUGUUGUAAUUGUUGAGUCGCCCGAGAGUUUUAGAACUUCAAACUCCGGCGGGUAAUGGUGUUUCCGGUUCACCUCUGUCAGAUCAGAGACUUUUUAAGAUAUUUGAGGCUGGGGUUGACAAGAGGAGACGAACUGUUCAUUCGAAUGAUUCCUUCUGCUUUUUUAUUUUCACAAUGCUCUGACGUAUCAGAGAUCUGAACAGGGGAGACGCAUUUGCCGGCAGAUCAUGGGGGACUUGCAGCCCACCUUAGCACUGGUUGCCUCCUACAUCAUCUUGUCCUUCUCCUUCUUCUUCAUCUUCGUUGUUGUUUACGUCGUCUGCUGCAGAUACGUUCGGCGAAACAGGAAUUCCGAUGCUUCCGAUCGCUUGCCGAGCUUCGGGAUGCCGGCGAGGUCCUCCGGAAUCGACAAGAGGAUCAUAGCGUCGCUGCCCCUGUUCCGGUUCUCGUCCUUGAGAAGCUCGAGGGUGGGCCUCGUUUGCGCGAUAUGCCUUUCGAAGUUCGAAGAGACCGAUAUACUUCACCUUCUUCCGAAGUGUCGCCAUGGCUUCCACAUAUCUUGUGUAGAUGCAUGGCUGGAGAUGCAUUCUAGCUGCCCGCUCUGCCGGCAAAGAGUCGAAACUGACGACAUCUCGUCGUUCGUGCCGCUUUCUGUGUUAGUAGGUUCUAGCAACAGCAUUGAGUUUUCUGACCGUGAUGAAUCGGCUGAGAUUAACGAACAGGCAUCGCCGUCGCCGGCGCCGGGUCCCCAGAUGGGGAGCAACCGUUCGGCGAAGAAAGAAGAUGAAGAUGGUGGUGGAAGAUCAUCGCAGAGCAGUGAACAUAGGAUUGUGAUUAACGAAGUGGAUGAAAAGUACUCAAGGCACAAUGAUGUUGGUGGCUUAGAUCUUACGUUCUUGAACUCCCAAAUGAUUAACUCCAUCGCAGAGCAGCGAUUUGCUGCUAGAGAAAGCUGCAGUAAGCAGGGUCCAAUCAUGGUGUAAAUACGACUGCCGAAGCAGCAACGAUUGAAAACACGGAAUGCUUUUCGUUUCUUUUGCCAGACUCCCUCUCUCUCUAAAAUUUGAGAAGAUUUGAAGGUGACAUACUCUGAAAUUGAACUGCUAACAUUCAGAUACUCCAAAAACUGAGAAAUAUUAUGUACAGUGUUGCUUGUCACUAGAAUUCAAGAUGUGAGGACAGCCUAUUCUUUGAUUGUAAUUAGUCUCAGUUUAUGU